GGAUGGGAAAAGUGGGUGUGGCUAAAGAUUCACUUAAUCCAGUGUGAUCCUGUGACUCAGUCCAGGCCAGUUCCAGAUUAAUCUGAUCACAUGUGAGCGAUGAGCGUGCAGCUGUCACAGAUACAUUUAUCCUGCGAAGACCAAAACUUCACUGUUUCUGUGUCCAAAUCAUUAACAAUCAUUAACGUGGCCCAAACAUGGCCUUGCUGAAGUCAGGCUGGCUGUGGAGACAGACAUGUGUCUUCAAACGCUGGAAGUUAAACUGGUGUGACCUGUGGAUAGACGGGAGUCUUUGCUUCUACAAAAGUGACAGCAGGAGAGAUUUGGAGCAUCGUGUCAGCCUCAAGACAGCUUGCGUAGAUGUGAAAUCAGGCGUGGAAUGUGGAGGUGUAAGUCCACCAGAAAGUAAUCCUCGGGACAAUCUGAUUGUGAUUCAGCUCAGAGAUGGCUCAACAAUCAACCUUUGUGCCAACAGUGAGGAUGAAGCUCUAGCAUGGAAACUCACUUUGCUCGAAACCAGGAGAAACCCAGUGAUCCACUAUGACCCAUAUGAUGACUCCUACCAGUCUGUGCCUCUCAGCAAUUAUCAUACAGUCUACAUCACCCCUGGAGCAGGAUCAGGUGUGCGGCAAGUGAUUGUGCAGAGGGACCCAUUUGAUGGUGUAGUUGAGCAGCUAGCGUUAGGCGUUCUGGUCGGCCUGGCUGCAGGGGCGGCACUGAGAUCCUUCCUCUGGAUGCCGCUGUUUUUCUGCUGAGAUGAUCCCUGUUUCUAACACACCACACAGGCUCUCCUCCUCCACGGACACAAAAACAGACCCUGAAAUCCAGCAUGAGUAGAC